AUCGGAUGCGACCCGCUUCCGUUGGCACCAAACAGCUCCUUUCGACAAGCAGCAAACGUGGGCUAUUGACAAUGUCUACAUAGGCGACGGCUGUAUAGAUAUGUGCAGCGGGCAUGGAAGAUGUACUGAAGGAAACUGCGUGUGUGAUGAAAACUGGAGCGGGUUAUACUGCGACGAGCCAGAUGUGUUCCUCCCCACACAGCUGAAAGACAAUUUCAACCGUGCCCCAACCAGCCAGAACUGGCUAACUGUCAACGGGGGGAAACUGAGCACCGUCUGCGGUGCGGUGGCUUCUGGGAUGGUUCUUCAUUUUAGCGGGGGAUGCAGCCGUUUGCUCGUGACCGUGGAUCUCAACCUCACCAAGGCGGAAUUCAUUCAGUUUUAUUUCAUGUAUGGAUGCCUGAUCAGCCCCAACAGUCGUAACCAAGGAGUUCUCCUGGAAUACUCAGCCAACGGCGGCAUCACGUGGACGCUUUUGAUGGAAAUCUUUUAUGACCAGUUCAGCAAGCCUGGUGAACGACCUCUGGAUGUUCCAUGACGAUUGCUCCAUCGAAAAAUUCUGUGAUUCUCCGGACGGCGUCCUGAUGUGCGGUAGCCAUGAUGGCAGAGAGGCCUACGCCAUCACCCAUGACCUCACUCCUACGGAGCAUUGGAUCAUGCAGUUCAAGAUUUCCGUCGGAUGUAAAACCUCUGAAAAAAUUGCUCAGAACCAAGUCCACGUACAAUACUCCACCGAUUUUGGCGUGAGUUGGAGAUACCUCAUCCCUCAAUGUUUGCCUGCCGACCCUAAGUGCUCUGGGGCCGUUUCCCAGCCCUCGGUCUUCUUUCCAACCAAAGGAUGGAAAAGGAUAACGUACCCAUUGCCUGAAAACCUAGUAGGAAAUCCAGUGAGAUUCAGGUUUUAUCAGAAGUACUCCGAUAUGCAGUGGGCCAUUGACAAUUUCUACCUUGGUCCUGGUUGUGUCGAAAACUGCCAAGGCCAUGGCGAUUGCUUAAAAGAGCAGUGCAUCUGCGACCCUGGAUACUCCGGGCCGAAUUGUUACUUGACCCAUCCUCUGAAGACCUUCUUGAAGGAGCGUUUUGACAACGAAGAAAUUCGCCCUGAUUUAUGGAUGUCCCUGGAAGGCGGACUGGCCUGCCUGGAAUGUGGGGUCCUGGCCGAGGACACGGCUCUAUAUUUUGGGGGACCAACAGUGAGGCAGGCAAUGACUCAAGACCUGGACCUGCGGGGCGCAAA